AUGCUUCUUCCAUACGUCGCCGACCCGCCGCCCACGACCACUCCCUAUGAAGCCGAGAUACUCGAGCGAAUGCAAGCCCGGCGUGCGCCCAAUGGGCUCCUCCCACUAGAUCGGGCUCUUCUGCAUUCGUUCCCAAUCGCAGAGGGCUGGAACACAUUUUUCGGGGCAAUUCGCCAAAGAACAAGCCUCACACCUGCUAUCAGUGAGCUCAUCAUGUGCCGCGUAGCGGUUCUCAACGGCGCAUGGUUUGAGUGGGAGCAUCACUCGCCCUUAUUGACUGAGGCCGGGCUCAGUGAUGCUGCAGUCAGUGUUGUGCGCGAUUCCGGCGCAGAUAUUCCCGCGAAGGUGGCAGAGAGGGUGCUGAGUCCUGCUGAGGGCGCCGUCUUGAGAUAUACCGAUGCUAUGACGAAAACCAUUGCCGUGCCGGACAAAGUUUCGAAGGCGCUGCGGGAGUUGUUUAGUGAUCGAGAGGUUGUGGAAAUUACAGCGACCUGCGCUGGGUAUAACUGUGUUAGCCGCUUUUUGGUUGCGUUGGACAUUGGGAAGAACCAAUGA